AUGCACUCGCAUCACUCACACUCUGGCGAGUUUUGCCGACACGCAAGCUCCACACUAGACCAAGUGCUCGCUCGAGCGUAUGAACUGGGAUUCACACACUUCCACUUGUCUGAGCAUGUGCCACGUUGGCGUGAUGCGCAUUUGUAUCCGGAAGAGCGCGAGGUUGGCAUGACACCAGACUCACUCACGUCGCAGUUCCAGGCCUACCUGGUCAAGGCACGCACAUUGCAACGCAUGUAUGAAAACAUGCCGCGCCCGAUGCAUGUGCUGGUGGGAUGUGAGACUGAACAUAUCGAGUCACCUCACUCGCUUGACGCACUUGCACGUCUCCUAGAAUCCAACACCCAGUUGUCUUCGUUAUCUCCCACACAAUUGUUGCCACCACCGCCUUGCAUUGGUCGCGGAUUGGUCGACUACAUCGUCGGAUCUGUACACCACAUCCGCGGUGUUCCUAUUGACUUUGACAGACCGACAUAUGAAAUGGCUCUCAAAAGUGGUCAACGCGACCAGAAAAGACACAUGACCAUGUUGCAAGCGUACCUGGAUGCACAGUUUGAGGUCAUGGACAGACUGCGGCCUGAGGUUAUUGGACAUUUUGAUUUGUACCGUCUGUUCGAGCCAUAUGCCUCAUGGUAUCCCGACAACUCAACUCCAGAUGGCCGCGCUAUUCACGCCAAGCUGAAGCGAAACAUUCAUUUUGCUGCAAGCUAUGGUGCUCUAUUUGAGGUGAACUCUGCAGCAUUUCGUAAAGGCUGGACUGAUGAAACGUAUCCAGGCCGCCACGUGCUGCGUAUGAUCACCAAAGCGUGUGGCCGCCUCGCACUUUCAGAUGAUUCGCAUGGAACAAAACAGGUUGGGCUAAAUUUUGCUCGCCUACGAGAAUAUCUUUUAAAUGAAGGAAUAAGCAAGGUAUGGUACUUGACACCAAGCAAGGCACCUGAGAAUGGGCCUGCCACGUCCAUGGACAAUAUUCAUUUGAACUACGAGUCAGCAGAACGAGCUCGUAAAACACGUGAACAGUCCAUGACACCAGGCACAGGUGCCCCGACGACAUUUCUUCGCGGUACACAAGCGCAUUGUAUGGAAGACUGGCACACGUCACCAUUUUGGAGUACCCUUCCGCAAGAUCUUCUAACUUGA